CUGGAGACCCCGUGCUGGCACUCUGAGGGGACCCAAGAUGGCGGAGUUCUGAUUGAGGGAACUGUAAUUAUAAAAUAAAACUGGGAAUUAAAGAGAAACUGUAGUCGUGCGUGGGGGGUUCCGUAUAAAGGGAGUUCAAGUAAUAUUCCGGUUGAAUUUAUUUAAUUUUUAAAUGUGUUCAGAAUUGUGGGGAGAGGCUAGUCUCUCUCCGCGGCCCGAGGACAGAACAUGGCGGAACGCUAGGGAAGGGGUAUAAAUAAUAGAAAAUAAAUAUAAAAACAGCCGGCUGCCUUUAAAAUUAAAGAUCCGGACACGUCCUUUCGCGGAAAUAAUGCAGUCGAUCUCGCAUGCGGUUCUGUAUGAAGCGUUCAUUGUUUCCAAGAAUGAGAAAUACGCGCAGAUAAGGGCUGUCGACAACACCGAUUCUCCAGUCGUGCUCUGAACAUUUUCUUUCCCUCUCCUUCUGCCGAAUUUCGUUGGUGGCCUCCUUGUGCAGCCGGGGUUAUAUCUCGCUUUCUCUUUCUCUUGUGCAGCGGGAAGGGCAGUGUUUUACAGGGUUGCGCAACUUGAGGUAAAAUGGCGAAAGCGUCCUGAAGCCCUCGGUAGCAAGGCCGCCCUCCCGAGCUGGGCGAGUGUGCGCUGUAGUAGGCUAGCCGUCUGAUCGCCCUGACGGGCCGGGCUAAGGAUCGGAGACCGAGGGUCCGACGCCUCUGGGGUGGACGACGAAGCGUGUUUUCGGGUGUGAACAGCGGGGUGGGUUAGCAGAAUGACGGACACUCGGCGACGAGUGAAGGUUUACACCCUUAACGAAGAUCGGCAGUGGGACGACCGGGGCACCGGGCAUGUGUCCUCCGGCUACGUGGAGAGAUUGAAAGGCAUGUCCUUGCUAGUGCGGGCCGAGAGUGACGGUUCUCUUUUGUUGGAGUCAAAAAUAAACCCUAACACUGCUUACCAGAAGCAGCAGGACACAUUGAUAGUUUGGUCCGAAGCAGAAAACUAUGACUUGGCACUUAGUUUUCAGGAAAAAGCAGGGUGUGAUGAGAUAUGGGAAAAGAUAUGCCAGGUUCAGGGCAAGGAUCCAUCGGUGGACAUCACCCAGGAGCUGGUGGAUGAGUCCGAAGAGGAGCGCUUCGAUGACAUGUCCUCCCCUGGCCUUGAGCUGCCUCCCUGUGAGCUGAACAGACUGGAAGAAGUGGCAGAACUGGUAGCCUCAUCCUUACCUUCCCCACUGAGACGUGAGAAGCUAGCUUUGGCCUUAGAAAAUGAGGGUUACAUCAAGAAACUCUUGGAACUCUUUCACGUAUGUGAGGACUUGGAAAACCUGGAAGGAUUGCACCACUUGUACGAAAUUGUAAAGGGAAUUUUUCUCUUGAACCGAACUGCGCUUUUCGAGGUCAUGUUCUCCGAGGAAUGUAUAAUGGAUGUAAUAGGCUGUCUAGAGUACGACCCCUCGUUACCCCAGCCAAGGAAACACAGGGAGUUCCUGACAAAGACAGCAAAAUUUAAAGAGGUGAUUCCCAUCUCAGACCCAGAACUCAAACAGAAAAUUCAUCAGACGUACAGAGUACAGUACAUUCAGGAUAUGGUCCUUCCCACACCUUCUGUCUUUGAAGAAAACAUGCUGUCAACUCUUCACUCCUUUAUCUUUUUUAAUAAAGUUGAAAUUGUUGGAAUGUUGCAGGACGACGAAAAGUUCCUAACAGACCUUUUUGCACAACUAACUGACGAAGCAACAGAUGAUGAUAAAAGACAUGAAUUGGUAAACUUUCUUAAGGAAUUUUGCGCAUUUUCUCAAACAUUACAACCUCAAAACAGAGACGCCUUCUUUAAAACAUUGUCAAACAUGGGAAUUCUACCAGCUUUAGAAGUCAUUCUGGGAAUGGAUGAUGCUCAAGUGCGUAGUGCUGCCACUGAUAUUUUCUCCUAUUUGGUUGAAUACAACCCCUCCAUGGUACGAGAAUUUGUAAUGCAGGAAUCGCAGCAAAAUGAUGAUGACAUUCUUCUAAUUAAUCUAAUCAUUGAGCACAUGAUCUGUGACACUGAUCCAGAGCUCGGGGGUGCGGUGCAGCUCAUGGGCUUGCUUCGAACUUUAGUAGAUCCAGAAAACAUGCUAGCCACCGCCAACAAAACUGAGAAGACAGAGUUUUUAAGCUUCUUCUACAAACACUGUAUGCACGUUCUCACUGCCCCCUUGCUGGCAAACACAACAGAGGAGAAGCCCAGCAAAGGUGAGACAACCGCACAUAAUGAUGAUUUUCAGACAUCCCAGCUUUUGGCUUUAAUACUGGAACUGCUCACUUUCUGUGUGGAGCAUCACACCUACCAUAUCAAGAAUUACAUAAUAAACAAGGAUAUUCUUAAAAGGGUGCUUGUGCUUAUGGCUUCAAAACAUGCCUUUCUUGCACUAUGUGCACUUCGAUUUAUGAGGAAAAUAAUCGGGUUAAAAGAUGAAUAUUAUAACCGCUACAUAAUGAGAAACUUCUUAUUUGAACCAGUUGUGAAAGCUUUCCUCAAUAAUGGAUCUCGUUACAACUUGAUGAACUCUGCAAUUAUUGAAAUGUUUGAGUAUGUCAGAGUGGAAGAUGUGAAGACCCUCACUGCUCAUGUGAUUGAAAAUUAUUGGAAGGCUCUUGAAGAUGUAGAUUAUGUCCAGACAUUCAAAGGUUUGAAGCUGCGCUAUGAGCAACAGAGGGAAAGGCAAGAUAACCCCAAACUGGACAGCAUGCGAUCAAUCUUGAGGAACCACAGAUAUCGCAGGGAUGCUCGCACACUGGAAGAUGAGGAGGAGAUGUGGUUCAACACUGAUGAAGAUGAUUUAGAAGAUGGAGAAGCAGUUGUCCCUCCUUCAGAUAAAAUGAAAACCGAUGAAGACCUCAUGGACCCUAUUAGCAAAUUUAUGGAAAGAAAAAAAUUCAAAGAAUCGGAGGAAAAGGAAGUUUUGCCUAAAUCUAACCUAACGGGUCGGCAGAGUCCCAGCUUCAAGCUCUCCUUCUCUAGUGGAAACAAGACAACUCUCACCAGCCAGUCCUCAGCCAGUCACCACCCCGGCUCUCCUGGCUCUCCAGGCUCUCCGGGGUCCCCGGGCUCCCCGGGCUCUGUAGCCAAAAGCACACCACAGACGGCAGCUAUCACUACCAAGGGAGGUCUCGUGGGGCUUGUAGACUACCCCGAUGAUGAUGAGGAGGAGGAAGAUGAUGUAGAGAACAAGGAGGAAAGUCCACCUCUGUCCAAGAAAUCCAAGUUGGGGUCUUAGAAGUGACCCCCUACCCCCUGUCCUGGGCCUUUACUCCAACUUUACAGUAAAGUUUCACUUCAAAGAAUAAAAAAAAAGAAAAUUACAGUCCACAUAUUGCUGUGGUGGUAUCUGGUGAGACAGAUCCAAAAAACUCCAAAUGGAAUUCUGCUGAUCAAGUGCCAAUUUGAGGAGAAAUUUGAAACAAGUGAACUUUUAUUAGACAUAAACAACAUGCUGGGGGGGAAAACAAGACUGAUGCCCAUGAGCUUACGGGUUCGGACCACACUUUGCCCCUUUCUCAGGGAUGGACAACACAGCAAGCCCAUAGGGCACAGACGUUCAGUACUGGGACUCAUCCUAAACUGAUAUGUUCAGUAAGAAAAGACUUUUUUUCUCGGACCAGAUGCAGACACUUUGGAAGAAAAGGCUGUUGCUCAGCAGUAUUUCUUCUCAGAAAUGCCAGCAGUUUCUUUUUAUAAAGAGACCUGCCUUUAAAUUUUCAGGACGUUUUAAGUCGCACUAGAACAGGUUUUUAAAACCUCUGUAGGGGGAAGAGCUGAAAACAUUUCCCCUGUUUUAUCCUUUCCCUUUUUGCCCUUUAAACUGCAGAUUUUGGAAAUUUGUCAUCCCUUCUUGAUUAAAGAUUGAGUGGAAUUCUAGAUGUGAUCAUUUUGUCAUAUCUUUUCAUUUUCUUUUUAUUUUCUUGAGUGUACACUUAGUUGUUGAGUAUAUUUGGGACCAUUAAAAAUGAGAUCUUUGAUGUAAUAUAA